AUGACAUGCAAUCCUUCUUGGAGUGAGAUGACAUCAGAACUUUUGCCUUUUCAAACACCACAAGAUCGUCCAGAUUUGCUAACAAGAAUAUUUCGUUCGAAAUUUGAGAAAUUGAAGGAUGAUGUUAUUAAUAAAAGAGUCUUGGGUAAAGUUAAAAGCUACAUGUAUGUCACUGAAUUUCAAAAGCGAGGACUGCCGCAUGUGCAUAUGUUAUUGGUCUUAGAAAGUAACGAUAAGUUGCGUGACCCAAAAGAUUAUGAUAGUAUGGUAAGAGCAGAAAUACCUAAAUUAGAAUGUGAACCACAGUUGCAUGAAGCUGUUGUAAGACAUAUGAUCCACGGGCCUUGUGGCAGAAUCAACCGAAAGUCUCCAUGUAUGAAAGACGGACAUUGUAAAAAAAGGUAUCCCAAACAAUUCUUGGAUGAAACACGUCAAGGCACUGACUCAUAUCCCGAGUAUAGGAGAAGGUUUGAUGAGUCUGUAUCGUUAGGUAAAGAUAGGUCUGUCGAGAAUAGAUGGGUGGUUCCUUAUAACCCUUGGUUAUUAUUAAAGUAUGACUGUCACAUCAAUGUAGAGAUUUGCAGUAGCACUAAAAGUAUCAAGUAUCUAUAUAAAUAUGUGUACAAGGGCCCUGAUCGUGUGGCUAUGGAGGUUCAUAAAGGAUCAUACAUGGAUGAAGUUCAGCAAUAUGUUGAUGCAAGAUGGAUUUGUGCUCCCGAGGCAUUAUGGAAAAUAUUUUGA